AUGGCGGCAACUCAUGAGGUAGCUCCAGACGCUUUGCCGUAUUUUGAUCAGGGAUACGACGAUCCAGGCGUAAGAGAAAUGGUAGGCUUAUUGUCAAAACCUAUGUUAGAGUUUAAUUUUUUCGGUUUACGCUGUCAGACGCAAACUCAAGGGGAAAAAUUGGCGCGACAUGCGUGACCAUUCGUUUGUUAACCUGCUCUGUUCGAUUUGAUCUAGAGUCUUUUAUCCAUUGUUCUUGACAACCGCAUAUUUUGCUGCAUGUAGUUAGCACAGGGCUGAUCAUACCACAAGUAAACACCUCUUAGAGCCGGCAUUUAUUUUGAUUGAUUGCCGUUAUCUGUCAGCAUCAUCUGCGGGCACGUCUUCUCUAAAGGAGAGGACAAAGCGCGGAGCCUACUCCAUGGAGCACUCUAUGGAGUACCUAAAAUGGAGUACCCCUAAAAAUCAUGUAUUGCUCAAAUAAAAUACUUUAUCAACAUCUUCCUUAACCCUUUUAAACCCUAAGAGUGAUCAGCAUCAAAUUUCUCCUUGUAAUAGCAGUGCUUUGUAAAAUAGAGUGGUCAUGAGAAGUAAGGACAAGAUCACACAAGACGACUUUGCUUGAUAUUUUAUCAUCUUUUCCCCACUACUUCUACAGUAAAUGAAUAGGGGUGACAAAUGAGAAUUUUAAUUUUGAUCUUAGGGUUUAAAGGGUUAGAGGGAAGCUGGACAGGGAGAGAUGGGAGGGCUGACUGAUACGACGCUGUGUCGUUCCUUACUAUCUUACACUGUGUUUUGUUUCAUAAAUAGGUUAAUCAGUUGGUCGAAGAAGAGACAAGACGUUACAGACCAACAAAAAAUUAUCUGGAUUUUCUUCCAACCCCAGAUUAUGAUGCAUUCGAGGUGAAAAGUUUGUUUCUUUGGCAGGAAAGUGAUUGAUUCGAUACAAAAUUGUUUUGAUAGAAGCUCAAGCAGUGAAAUUGCACAAAAAUUUUGUUAACUUCAAUUAUAGUUUGUGCGUGAGCAAGAAAAAGAUUUUGGGUGAAUAUUCUUUGUUCUUUAAGCCACUACAUGGAAUUAUUUACACCUCGACUUAAAAAACUUGUAUUGAAAUGACUUGUAUUGAAACGACUUUGUAUCGAAAUGACUGGUAACCUCUUGGCAUAACUACAGAUUACAGAGGAAGAUGAAAGUAGCCGGCUAAGGAUGGCUAACUAGCCAGCCAUUUUGGCCACCUACUGGCCCUUAUUGGCAGCCCUGGAAGACUUUCUUGCUGGGCAUGGAACUUUAUAAAUUGAUUGAUUGUUUAUUGAACUGCAAAUACGAAGGCAUGGGGGGCUACUUGUGACUGGAAUUAUGGAGGCAUGGGGGACAAUAAAGAGUAUUAUGGUAUUUUUGAAAAAGGCCUAUUGAAGAGGAAGCCAUGUCCCCUUAGGUGUUUUACUGUUGUAUCUGUAACUGUUCUUGUGGCUGUUGCAGUUAAAAUCUGCACAGUUUUCGUUAAGAAACCCAGUAGCAGGAGAAAGGUGUUAUGUUACAGGAGAAUAUUUUGAAAGAGGUGCUACAUCUGAAUAAAAAAUAGUCAUAAGCUACCGAACGUUAGUCAGAGAAUUCUGUGUGGUAAACGGAGAAUUCUCUGAUCUCUGAUGCCUAAUGAACAUCGUGAAUCUGUCUUUAUGCUGUUUGUGUCCAUUUCAUCCAUCUUUAUGUCACUGUUUAAAGGCCAUGUUGCUUGUUGGAAUUUUUCCCUCAUAGGGUCUCACUACACUCAACUCUUUCCUCACCCCUUACCCAGUGUGACCAACACCCAGGUGGGGUAUAUGAGAUUUCAAGUGACGAGGAUGAUCAAAUGGGGGCAAAAAUCAAAACCUUAAAAAACAUUACAAGGGCUUCCCACAAAACCCAACCCCCCCCCCAAAAAAAACACACAAACAAACGGUGGAUUUCUGAGCCUUAAAAAUUUCCAGAAAGCAUUAAAUGAUAUAACACAAAAAAUACCCAAAAAAGUACUCGCCAAAUUUUCUUAUCCAAAAAAAUCCUUCAAUCAUCCUUGCACUUGAAAUUUGGAGUACACCCCCUGGGGACCAACAUCAAUAAUUAUUCUUUUUUUAACAAUACCCAUAUCCAUCAGGAGAAAAUGUUCUGGGAGUAGAAAAACUGCCUGAAUCUUUCAUCAAAUUCUCCUAACUAAUUCUUUAAGGAAAUGUCGAGAGAUCAAUGUAGAAAAUUUGUGCGUCAAUAUUAGGGCCAACGUUCUUUCUGUUUGUUUGUUUGUUUGUUUUUUUUGGUGAAGCUAAUAAAAUAAAAUAAAAUAGGGGAUGAAGACAUUGAGACAGUGACCGAUGAAUGGUAGUUCAACCAACUUUUAGUGUCCAAGUUAACUACUGUAAGACUUCUUUCUUUACAGAGUUGUCUAUUAAAAGGAAGUUGGCUUUAUUUACAAACUGCUCAUUUGCGUGUACUUUUGCUUUAUUUUUUUUUUAUUUUGCCAAAAAAUUGCUGAUUUAAAGGGCGCACAGGCUUUUUUUCGUGUGGUAAUAAAUCAUUGCUCCAUAGUUUUUUAAUUAUCCCUGAAAAGCUCUGAGUGGAAUGGAUAAUACCAUAUUUUACUUACAUUUUACAAAAAGGAUAUACCAAAAGUAUUGAACAUCAUUCUUUGCUGUUGGCUCACAGUGAGCUAUUUUUGUGUACUGUUUUAGACACCGGUAUUGAAAAAGGAGUUUGAGAGAAUAAGCAAAAGACAAGCCAUGGAAUUACUCAGCAUGAAAAGGUAAAAAAAAAUAUGUUUGAGGCCUUUAUGUGUUCACACCAUAACAGGAGUGUCAAUUACUAUGAUUACUGUUGAAUGGUGUCAGAACUAGCUGAAGUAGGCAUUAUUCUUGCAAGCACUUACAUGAUAAGCAAGAAAAGUCAAUUUGAGUUCUAAUGGAUGUCUGUGCAUUUUAGAUAGUAACCUCAAAACCACUUGUGUGAACAGUGUGUAAAGAAAUGUUGAGCAAUGGGAUUUUACUUUUGGAUGCCAACAGGCUGAAUGCGGAAAAGUUUCAAUGUUUCUCAAAUUAGAUGUCUAGUGCACAUGAUCAUACAUCAUAAUUUUCCUGGAACUAAAAAAGGUUGAUAGAAAUCUGAUGGUCUAUUUUAAGCUUGAAUACAUAGAAGUAACCUUCCUUAAUUAACAGAUUUAUUUAUAUGUAGAUUACAUUAAUAGUAUCUUCAGUCUUCCAUUGCUCAAUUUAUGUUGGUACAUUCGUUUUUAUCUUGAAUGUUUUAGAUAUGAACUUCCUCAACCAACUGCAAAUCAAAAACAUGACAUAACAUCAUGGACGGAAGCUGUUGACAACUCCAUGGCUCAACUGGAACAUCAGGCUGAAAGGUAUGCAAUAUUAUCCGAGAUACAGUCGUGUAAUUUCCAGUCUUGGGGUAUUUUUUGGGCAUUCUGAUGACUUUUCUUAUGCAGAGCUAUGAUUGGCCAUUCUUAUGCAAGAGGCGUUAAAGUUGUCUUAAGGUGACUUAAACAUCUAGUAUAAAAAUGGACAGACACACAACAGGUUACUUUAACGUCUUAGAAAUUACAUGUAAUAAUAAUAAUAAUAAUAAUUACAUGUAAUAGUAAUAAUAAUAAUAUUUUAUUAUAAAAUAAUAAUAUUUAUUAUUUGGUAUUGCACAAAUUAACAUAUAUCAAAUGAUCAUGCAUCUAGUAUAAAAACAGGAUGCCCUAAACUGGAAUGCAUUAAUGCUCUACUCAACUCCUCCAGAGACGACUUUUUUUACAGAAAACUCUGUAACUAGAAUGACUUUACAGUUAGAGCCCGGCAUAUCUAAAAUAAUUAAUUCUAUAUGUAUUUUUUUCAGAAUUGAAAAUUUGGAGCUGUUAUCUCAGUAUGGCGGUGCAGCAUGGAAGAUUCACAAUGAAACUUUAACAAGAAUAUUAGCUCAGCAACAGAAGAAGCUUAUGGACAUCAAGUAAUAUUCUUACACUUUUAAGACACAUUAAUAAUUAUGGACACAUGAGCAUUCACCAUACAAAUAUUCAAAGAUUUACUGUAGUUGAUAUUCAUUACAUAUUUAUUACAGUAAUUUUGCAUUAAGGAAAACUUCAGACCCUUACCUCGGGAUAAAGAAAUAAACUGCCUUCUUUUUUUGUUCCAGAAAGGAAAUUCAAGAAAUAAACUGGCAAAGGAAAACUGAACAGGUAAAGGAAUUUCAUCACUAAAUAUUUUUGUCUGUUCUGAAAAGAAAAUGCUACCACAUACACUGUAGAAAUACUGUACUUAAGAAGGGGUUUUCUGUUAACAGGGAGCUUAAGGAACGACGACAGAGACAUCAGUGAGAGCAUCAAAAAUGCAAUAUGUUUAAUUAGCAAAACAACAACUUUGCAUGUGCAUCAGGCUUUUUUGUAUAUUUCUUUACCGUCAAUGUACAAGUGCGACGUGGAAAUGCCUAUUUUGAGGUUUUGUGGAGGACUUGACCACAAGACGACGACUUUCUUCUUCUUUUCCUGCACUUAGGUAGAGUCUUUUAGAAUUCAGCUCCAGAAAAAACUGCUAGCAUUUGGGCAAAUGAAGGCAAGGGAAUAAGCGCAACAAUGUUUGAAGCAGCGCAACUUCACUUUUUAAGUGACCUUUUCAUAGCCGUCGCUGUCGUUGUUGCUUAAGUUCCCUUGUCACCUUGUAAGGUUUGUUGGACUAAUAAUUGGUUACAAUUUUCUUGUUUCCAUAUAAAAUGAGGUAGGAAAGGGAGAGUUUUGAACAAUGUUCAAUGAUUUACGUUGUUUUAUCACUAUUUUGUUUACAAUUUUAUGCUAGACAAAAGCUGGCGAACAGUUACAACACUUGGAACAAAGGUAAGUUUGCAAUGUCUUCUAACUUCAGUUUUGUGUAUACAGCUGUAUUUUGUUUUAUUUCCUAUGUUUUUAUACUGAGUAUGAGCCCUUGCCACAAGAGCUGUUGUUUCAUCUGUUCUUGCAUCCAUGUGUGAUCUCUUUUUCUUCACGCAACUGUGUUCAAUUUGUCAAAUGCUGAUAGAAGUAGUGGGGAGAAUUUGUUGAAGUAUCAGUUAGAUUCAUCUUGUGUGAUCAUGUCCACAAUUCUCAUGACCACUUUGUUUUAUAAAGCAGUGAUAUUACAAGCAGAAAUUUGACGCUUAUCACUCUUAGGGCUUAAAGGGUUCAGCUCCCUAAUAAGUAACUUCUGGUAUGCUGUUUGAAUGAUCAUUGAUGUAUGCAUACUUUUAAUAAUUAUUAAUUUGAAUAACAAUCAAAAUCGUUUUGUGUUUUCAGCUGGGUGGGCCUGGUUUCCAAGAAUUAUGAAAUUGAACGAGCUUGUGCUGAACUUGAGGCAGAAAUUGAGAGAUUAAAACCACAGCACCAACACGAGGAAAGAUGGUGAGUAAUGAACUAGGCUUGUUGGUACUGUAUUUGCAUUUUCUAAAACUUUAGAUUUUGAAAUUAGGUUAUGGUGUGUAAUUAAGUGUAAGUGUAGCCCUGAUAACGGUCUCCAUUCACUUGUGAGUGACUCCAAAUGGAGAGCAGGCUUGUUGCUGACAUUUCAACAGGCACCUAGGCAACCAUCAGAAUAUGAUGGUGACUUUUUUAUUUUUGGGCAGGUAGUGGAAACAACACUUAUUUCUACCUUCAAUAAUUGUAGUACCAAAACCAGACAACUAGGACUACUGUAAUACACAGGAUAAAGGAGGAUUCUAAGACAAUCAUAAUUAUUUAUCCUAAGAUUAUGAUGUGACACCUGGGUUCCAACCAUUUACAAAAAAAUGUGAAAUAAAUGAAGAAAGUAAUAUAAAGUAAAGGACAACGCACAUUUUGUUCGCCUUUCUUCUCUUUGCACAGA